UGGUUUCUAGGUGGAGAAAUAAAGAGAAGACAGGGAACGGGGGAAAAAGGAAAGAAAACUCCGAUCUCAUUUCCAGGUUAGGGUUUUGGUCGCAGGGCGAUCGAGAGUUAGGGUUAGGGUUCCGUCGUAAUCGCCGGAGAUGGCUUUGGAGUGGGUGGUGCUGGGGUACGCGGCGGGGGCAGAGGCGAUCAUGCUGCUGUUCCUGACCCUCCCGGGGCUGGAUGCGCUUCGGCGGGGGAUGGUGGCGGUGGUGCGGAGUGCGCUGAAGCCGCUGCUCUCGUUGGUUCCCUUCUGUCUCUUCCUCCUGAUGGAUAUCUACUGGAAGUACGAGACCCGGCCGACUUGCGAUCAGGAGCACGCCUGCACACCUGCCGAGCACCUCCGCCACCAGAAGUCCAUCAUGAAGAGCCAGCGCAACGCCCUCCUCAUCGCCGCCGCGCUCCUCCUCUACUGGUUUCUCUUCUCCGUCACCAACCUCAUCGUCCGCCUCGAUCAGCUCAACCAGCGUGUCGAGAAGCUCAAGAGGCAGGAUUGAUCGAUUGCCAGGCGCGCAGAUCCCACCUGCUGAGGAGCAUAGAGGUAGAACGAACAUAAGUCCUGAUUUCUUGCAGGCUUGGCUUUCCUUCCCUUUCUUGAUUUCAGUUACUGUUUUAGAUUUCGAUUUCUAGGGGGAAAAAACUUCUCGUUGCUUUUGAUGUUAUGAUGUGUACGGAUAUUUUUGAUUUGUAUACUCUGUCGCCGUUGAUGUGCAUCUUCUAAUGAAUGAAACCUUGAAUUUGGAAUUUAGGGUUUGCGGUUGUUUUA